CUAGUCGUGUUUCUUUCCUUGUCUUGCUGUGUUUGUCCUUUGCCCCCCUCUUUUUCUCUACAUUAUUUAUUAAUUAAUAUAUGCAGCUUCCGACAAUUUCUUUCUAAAUUUGUACUCCGCGACCUCUAAGUUACGUGCAAACCAGUUUACGCGUUGACUCACCCCUCUGAUCUUUCAAGACAAGAAUGUCUCAGAAUCUAUGAAACGCAACAGUGAAGUGUCGUUCCAUUUCAUCAGACCCUACACUCAGCAGUAAAUCACCGUGAAUUAAUGAUGUAAUAAAAAGUUAUUAUCAGUUUUCGUGCUCUUCGUCAUCGCAAUCGAGAACUGUAAUCCUGCUCUGCUUAUUAUUCAAGAUUGUACCGUGAAUUCCAGUGGCCGACGGGUUGUUUGAGAAAUUUCAACUCCGUCACUAACCUCAAAACAGUUUCACUUGACAGAAGGUUCAGACGCCCAGAUCUGAAGAAUGAAUGAUGAAUCGGUACAAAUUGAAGCAUCAGAAAACACCGAAGAUGUCAAUGAGAAUUCGGAUGCGAACAGACGGACGUGCUGGGUAUGUUUUGCCUCCGAUGAAGAUGACCCAACAGCUUUGUGGAUUCAUCCAUGCAAGUGUAGAGGACACUCAAAAUGGGUUCAUCAAAACUGUUUACAACGAUGGGUAGACGAAAAGCAAAGUCGACAAGGCACAGUUGCGGUAGCAUGUUCUGCAUGCAACACGGAAUAUAUCAUAGUUUAUCCUAAGUUAGGUAUUUUUGUUCAUAUUCUAGACACUAUUGCGAAUGUAAAUUAUAAGAUUUGCCCCUUGAUCGCUGCUGGUAUUUUCGUUGGCUCUAUUUAUUGGACCGCCGUAUCGUAUGGUGCUGUCACCGUUAUGCAGGUUGUCGGUCAUCGAGACGCACUGCUGGCCAUGGAAGCUGCAGAUCCGAUUGUUUUAUUAGUGGGACUCCCUACCAUUCCAUUUAUGCUUAUCGCUGGCAAAUUAAUCAAGUGGGAAGAUGCCGUUUUGACACUCCUCAGAAAGUACUCCCCAAAAUUACCCUUUGUCCGUUACAUGCUUCCUCUUUUCAUGACUGAAAAUGAAGCAGAAAACAGAGGAAGCGACUUCCCACCUCUGGCGUCCUCACACUCAUCAACUAGUAUUUUGUGUAGUGCUUUGUUAUUGCCAACAAUUGCCACAUUCUGCGGAAAACUUUUCUUUGACUCUGUUUCAAAUAAUCUACACAGAACUUUAUUGGGUGGCAUAACAUUCAUCACUGUGAAAGGUGUGCUGAACAUCUACUACAAGCAGCAGAAACUGGUCCGUAAAAGCCAGCGGAAAAUUCUCAACUACGAAACUAACGAAUUUACAAGUACGUCCACAGGAACAUCCAUAGAUAACCGCUCUGAACCAGCCGGCGGUAACAACUCGGGGCGUACGCAAACUGUCAAUAUCCCCAGUAACGAUGCCAUGUUUAACCCUGCUGACUGGAACAGUUAAAUCUCUCAUCUUUAGUAUUUAUUUCUUAUUUUAUAAAUUUUAUCUUUUGCAUGAACUCACAAUGGUAAUUUAUUUAUUGUUCACCACACUGAAAGUGGACAAUCAGACCGCUUACAGAAGCUUGGUUCUUUUUAUUUUUGACUUUAGUGUUUGAUCAUUAUUAAUCACCCUUGGCCCAUUUCAGUUGCUUACAAAGAGGAAUAUUGAUGGUCAAAAAGGUCUAAAAUGUUGCGGCGUUUCAAAAUUUGCGCACCUACUUUGUUUUUUCAAAGAGAAAUAAUUUGGUGUAAAUAAUUGUAACUGUAUGUUCUUUGUAUUUUUGAGUACAAAUCAAAUAGACUCACAAAAGGAGUAACAGUGACUUUUCAAAAAUUUUGACAAAACAGGGAUUCUCAAUGAUACUUUGAUUUAAAAAAUUUUCUCCUUGAAAAUAUUUCAUUUGCAUCAUAUCAUUUCAGAAGUCGCCCAUUCCAAGUGGGUACAACUGAUCCAAGCCACAUCAUAUUUUGCAAAUGAGCUCAAUUGCCCAAGAGAUUAUUCUUGCAGUUUUUAUUUAGUCAAGUUGGAUGUUCAGAAAAUAGACCGACUUGAUAUGUAUAUCUGCUUCCUCCCUUUUUCACCUAUAAAUAACGCAAAGGAUUUAGACUAAGAGUAAUUUUGACACUUUCGCAGUUAAGUUUUCUGUGUACUUAAAUCCCUAUCAAACUGAAAAUGCAGUGAAAUCAAUCAAUCGAAGUAUGCACAAGGCAUUUUGUAAAUAUUGUUAUUUCUUUUUUCUUCUUUUCCCCUUGUUACAAAUGAAAUGGAUUCCUCUAUCAGCAAAUUGCGGAUGUGUUCCUUUUUUCUACUUUCGAAUGAUUUAAAUCAACUCUCUUGUUUUAAUAAUCAUUUCUCAUUUUCUUUCUAAGAAUCUAUAUGAAGGUAUAAUUUUUAUUUGAUCAGAAGAGAUUGAUUUUUGUAACAAAAAAUGUGUUACAUGGUCAAGGAACGUAAAGUUCCCAUCUGUGAAAACUAGUACGUCAAGACUUUCUGGAGAUGACGGUUUCAACACUUGUUCGCCUCUACUCUCUCAUUAAAUUGUAAAUAAUUUAACUUGUUGAUAUCAAUAGUUAGGUGUAAUAUAUAAUUUUUUUCCAAGGAAGGAAACGUGGAAGCUAACUAUUGUAUGGUUAAGAAAUUUCUCUUACCAAAUUAUUCCAAUGUGGUCUUCGUGCAUUUUGAAAAGGUCUAAUUUAUAAUGAGUUUCUUUUUCUCUUGAUUAUCCAUGUCCUCCAUUCUACUUGCAUUGAGAUCUAAUUCUAUUACCUUAGAAUGAAGUUUUAUAGUCACCUCAACUGCCUGUUAAAGUUUGAUUCGAAGUUCAAAUUUUUAGUUACAAGAUGUCCCUUAAGAACUGAAAAAGUCAUUUUAACUAUGAAAGAAUGUAUUUAAGCCCUAAAAAUUCCUCAAAAUGGCAUUUAAAUUUAUAAUUCAUCAAAGGUGAUAGAACUAGACAUGAGCUACCAAGAUUUCCUGGGCAGUAUUUUUGGAUUUUUUUCCCCCUCGGUAGAAUCCAACGUUAUUAAUCAUUUAAUCCGCAGCGUAAUCAACAUUUACAAUAGAACUAAUAUCAUGUAAAGGAACUAUUCAAAAAUUAGUACACCUUGUUCUGGUAACAGCUUUUUUUUUCCUCAUCAGUCGCACCCAAAGGCGUACUUAAGUAGUUUUUAGCCAAAAUACUGUCCUUAACAUGGUGCAUACUUGACAACCGCUGAAUUUUAACUAUCUGGUUUUAUGAAACUGAUUGUUAAGUCAUUUUAUUACGACACUUUGUACAGCAUCUUAAUCUUAGUUACGAUUAAAUUAAUUUUAGUCGCAAUUAUAAGUUGGUUACUCAUCAGUAAUCUUGAUUCUCAAUGUUGAAUUUAUUUCAAAUAAAAUUUAUUUUAUUUUUUAGAUAA